AUGCCCAGCCUGUACCUGAUCACUAAUCUGCAUGUAAUCAAGGUCAAGAAGCAGGUGGUGUUCGAUGGCAAGGGCGACCACGACAGCCCGCUGGGCAACAAGAUCACGUACUGGGUGGACGACAUGCACCUGGACUACCCGUCGCUGACGGCGCGCGAGACCAAGUCGUCGAACCGUCUGGUAUACCCGACGGAGUGCCGACAGCGCAGCGUGACGUACCGUGGACGCAUCUACGGCAAGCUGCACAUUCAGGUGAACGACAAUAACGAGAUUGUCGAGGAGCGCAAUUUCGGACUGCUGCCGGUGAUGGUGCGGUCGAACCGAUGCAAUCUGCAGAAGAUGGGGCCGGCGGACCUGAUCCGGCAUCACGAGGAGCCCGAGGAGAUGGGCGGGUACUUUGUUGUGAACGGUAACGAGAAGGUGAUCCGUCUGCUGGUGGCGCCGCGUCGCAACCACGUGGUGGCGAUCCAGCGGCCGUCGUACGGCAACCGUGGCCCGGGGUUCACACCGUAUGCAACGCAGAUUCGCUGUGUGCGGCGCGACCAGACGUCGCAGACGCUGACCAUGCACUAUCUGACGACCGGUAACCUGCUGCUGCGCUUCUCGAUCCGCAAGCAGGAGUACCUGGUGCCGGUGUCGCUGCUGAUGCGCGCGCUGGUGGGGGCCAACGACAAGGAGAUCUUCGAGACGAUUGUGGGCGGAGAUGCGGAGAACAUUUUUGUGCGUGACCGUGUUGAGCUGCUGCUCCGGUCUGGCAAGGAGUUCAAUGUGUACACGCGCGACCAGGCGCUGGCGUACAUUGGUGACAAGUUCCGUGUCAUUAUGUAUGCGCCCGACGACAUGUCCAACAUUGACGUGGGACGGCGUCUGCUGCAGAACGUCAUCAUGGUGCACCUGAACGACGACCGCGACAAGUUCAACAUGCUGGCGCAUAUGGUGCGCAAGAUGUACGCGCUGGUGAGCGGCGAGUGCCAGGAGGACAACCCUGAUACGCAGCAGCUGCAGGAGGAGAAGAUCGAGGACUACCUUCUGGGCGUGCGCCAGGAGAUCAUGCGCGACGUGCGCAGCGGCAAGGUUGAUCUGUACAACAACCGGUACCUGCAGCGCGUGUUUGGGCGUGUGUCAUGCGACAUCGGCAUGAAGGCGCAGUACUUUUUGGCCACGGGUAACCUGGUCAGCAAGUCGGGCCUGGACAUGCAGCAGGUGUCUGGGUACACAAUCAUUGCCGAGAAGCUGAACUUUUUGCGCUACAUGUCGCACUUCCGCUGCAUCCACCGUGGUGCGUUCUUCGCCGAGCUCAAGACCACUGGAGUGCGCAAGCUUCUGCCCGAGGGCUGGGGUUUCAUGUGCCCGGUCCACACGCCCGAUGGUUCGCCGUGCGGUCUGCUGAACCAUCUGGCGCACAAGUGCGAGCUGACGACGCAGGUUGAGGACACCAGCGACGUGGAGCGGGUGCUGAUGCGGCUCGGCGUUGCGCCCGGCAUGCCGCGCCCGGCGCAGAAGGACGCGAGUCUGCUGUCGGUUCAGCUCGACGGGCGUAUCAUUGGAUACUGCACGCACCCGCUGCAGGCGCACCGUGCGCGCUCGGGCUCGGCCAAGGCCAGCGGCUCGGCGGCAAUGAACAUUCCGUAUACGAUGGAGAUCGGAUACGUGCCGCAGUCGCACGGUGGCCAGCUGCCGGGACUGUUCCUGUUUACGACGCCGGCUCGGUUCACGCGCCCAGUGACAUAUCUGGCCACCAAGGACGUUGACUAUGUGGGCAGCUUCGAGCAGGUGUACAUGGACAUUGCGUGCAUGGACCAGGAUGUGCGUCCUGGACUGACGACGCACCAGGAGGUGCUGCCGACGCAUAUGCUAUCGGCAGUGGCGAACUUCACGCCGUUCUGCGACUUCAACCAGUCGCCGCGUAACAUGUACCAGGCGCAGAUGGGUAAGCAGACCAUGGGGUCGCCGAUGCAGUCGUAUCCGUAUAGAACCGACAACAAGCUGUACCGAAUCCAGAACGGGCAGACGCCAAUCUGCCGGCCGCGCGUGUACGACGACUACGGCGUCGACGGAUACCCGAACGGCAACAACGCAGUGGUGGCAGUCAUCUCGUACACGGGAUAUGACAUGGAGGAUGCGAUGAUUCUCAACAAGAGCGCGCACGAGCGCGGCUUCGGGUACGGGUCGAUCUACAAGACCGAGUACGUGGACCUGGGCAAGUUCCGCAAGUCGGGCGACCCGAUCACGACGCACUUUGGGCUGGGGCCGGAUGUGCUGCACGACACGUCGCUGAACGACCGCAUUGACGUGGACGGGCUGCCGUUCCCUGGAAUCCGGGUGACCAACGGCGACACUCUGUAUGGCGUGAUUGACGAUGUGCGUGGGCGCACCAAGAUCAUGAAGUACAAGGGCGAGGAUGGGUUUGUGGAGUCGGUGCGGCUGCUGGCGUCCAGCAUGGAGGACGAGCUGCAGACGGUGGCGAUCACGUUCCGGAUUCCGCGCUCGCCAGUCAUUGGCGACAAGUUCUCGUCUAGGCACGGGCAGAAGGGUGUGUGCUCGGUCAAGUUCCCGGCCACCGACAUGCCAUUCACCGAGUCGGGAAUGCAGCCGGACGUCAUCAUCAACCCGCACGCGUUCCCGUCGCGUAUGACCAUCGGCAUGUUCGUCGAGUCGAUUGCAGCCAAGGCCGGUGCAUUGCACGGAGUGUGCCAGGACGCGACCCCGUUCACGUUCGACGAGACCAACACGGCGGCCGACUACUUUGGCGAGCAGCUCAGGCAGGCCGGAUACAACUACCACGGCAAUGAGCCGAUGUACUCGGGUGUCACCGGACAGGAGAUGCGUGCCGACAUUUACAUUGGCGUGGUAUAUUACCAGCGCCUGCGUCACAUGGUCAACGACAAGUACCAGGUGCGCACAACGGGCCCGAUCAACCCGCUGACGCAGCAGCCGAUCAAGGGCAGGAAGCGCGGUGGCGGUAUCCGUCUAGGCGAGAUGGAGCGCGAUGCGCUGAUUGCCCAUGGCGCGGCGUACUUUUUGCAGGACCGUCUGCUCAACUGCUCUGACUACUCGCUGGCGUACGUCUGCAAGUGCUGCGGCUCAAUGCUGGCGCCGGUGGCCGUGCCUGCGUCCUCGCAUACUGUCGAUCUGACCAAGGGCAAGGCUGGCAGGGCAUUGUCGGCGGCCGAGGCUCGGGCGAUUAUGAGCGCAGCCAAUGGCCCCCGCAUGGGCAAGGGUCCGUUGGACCUCGUCUGCAGGCUGUGCCAGAACGCCGACGGCAUCACCAUGGUUGCGCUGCCGUUCGUGUUCCGGUACCUGGCCACAGAGCUGAUGUCGAUGAACAUGAAGCUCAAGCUUGAUGUCAAAACGCAGGCGCUUCGGUCGGCGAAUUCGACGCUGCGGCGGCGCUGGUUGUCGAGCAAGCCGGCGCUGGAGGACAUCGGGGUGUUCCGGGCGUACGGGCGUCCCGUAGUGACGAUAUUUCUGUGGAGCACAAUCACGUACAUGUCGUUCCAGGCGGUCUGGAGCAAGCUCUACUUCGACGAGGUGCGGCUCGAGACUGAAGCCAAGAUCGAUGCGCUGCAGGGUGAGCUUGCUGAGCUCCAGAGCCGGCAGGAGUAA